UCGUGAUUUAAUCAUUGUUUUGGGGUUUACGGACUGUACUGCAGAGUCGUGUGUCUUUGUGUGGUUUUGCUUUAGCCUGACUGCUGUUCUCACCCGUCUCUGUGAGCUUACAGAAGAAAAACAAUGCAGCUUUGGUGCAUUGCAGCUGUUCUUUGCUGGGCAGCCACUGGUACAGAGGGAAAGGCAGUCCCUACCCUUCCUGAUUUUGGGACGAGCUAUCAUGUCAAAGGGGUGAUCUCUCUGCCCUAUGCUGAAAUUGAGGAACCAUUUGAAGCCUGGUUAAAUUUGCCUGCAAAGUCAAGCCGGAUAGAUUACUACCAUGGACAGGUUUUGACCUACCAGUUGGCAUCAGAGCAGCAGUUUGGCACUGCCUAUAAGAUCUCACCUGAGACCACAGAAGAGGAGCUGAAUGUGAUUAAGUGCUUCCAAAUUAACGGAACAAAGAACGAAACGGUCACACCGCAGGCUGCGCUCCCCGAUCUCCAGGGCUUCCAGUUCCUGAGGGUGGAGUACUACAGGGGUUCCCUGUGUGAAGUCUGGCAGAAUGUGACCACUGUGGGAUACAAGAAGAACACUUACACACUGUGGGUGGCGCGUUCAGAGCGAGGUGCAGAUGGACGACAGGACACUCCCAUUCCCAUUCAUUAUGAGAUGAUGGGAUACAACACUCUGCUGGGGUCCCAUUAUGACAAGUACUUGGUGGAAUAUAAGGAGUUCAGCAAUCAAGUGGACCCCAAAGUCUUCUUGCUGCCUGAAGGCAUGAGUUGUGGUGGAUUUCCUGGUCCGGGAGUGGAGCACCACAUGUUGGCCAAUCCAAUGAAAGAUCUCAUACACACCUCAGCAUCAGGCCACUCACAGCGCAUGUUCAGCCAUUUCAAGGAGAAGUUCCAGCGGCAGUACAGCGACGAAAGGGAGCACGAGAAGAGGGAGCACGCUUUUGUUCAUAAUCUACGGUACGUUCACUCUAAGAACAGAGCUGGCCUGUCAUUCUCGUUGGCUCUAAAUUCUCUGUCAGAUCGCACCAUGUCAGAGCUGGCAACCAUGAGGGGAGGAAAACGGGGAAAGACCCCAAACAGAGGGCUCCCCUUCCCCUCCAAAUUUUAUCAAGGAGUGAAAGUUCCUGAGUCACUUGACUGGAGGCUUUAUGGUGCUGUGACCCCAGUAAAGGACCAGGCCAUCUGUGGCUCCUGCUGGAGCUUUGCCACCACUGGAGCAGUAGAGGGCGCUCUCUUCUUAAAGACGGGCUCCCUGCAGGUUCUGUCCCAGCAGAUGCUGAUUGACUGUUCCUGGGGUUUCGGCAACAAUGGCUGCGACGGAGGGGAGGAGUGGAGAGCAUACGAGUGGAUCAUGAAACACGGAGGCAUCGCCACAACAGAAACAUACGGAGCCUACAUGGGAAUGAAUGGAUUUUGCCACCUGAACUCAACCCAGCUUAUCGCGACUAUCCAGAGCUACACUAAUGUGACAUCCGGUGAUCAAGAAGCCCUCAAGCUGGCGCUCUACAAAAACGGCCCCGUGGCCGUCAGUAUUGACGCAUCACAUCGAUCGUUUGUUUUCUACAGCCACGGUGUCUACUAUGAGCCAGCCUGUGGUAACACCGUGGAUGAUUUGGACCAUGCUGUGCUUGCAGUGGGAUAUGGCACCUUGAAAGGAGAGCAAUACUGGCUGAUCAAGAACUCCUGGUCCACGUACUGGGGCAAUGAUGGCUACAUCCUCAUGUCUAUGAAGGAUAACAAUUGUGGUGUUGCCACUGAUGCUACAUACGUUACACUGGCAUAGACUGUAUCAUCUUUGUAAAGCUUUAUGUUAAUGCCUUUCAGUUCCUGUGGAUGCUAAUUCAUGACUGCUAAAUUACACUUAAUGUUGUCGUGUUAGGGCAGCUUGGUUAUGGAAAAAAAUCAAUCCAAUCACAGUUAUUUAAGUCAAUGGUAAGAUGAUGAUUGUUUAAUGUGGUUAGUCACUGACUUUGGAAAUACAAGUCUUUUAUUGAAAGGUUUUUGUACCACUGGGUUUCCUUAAGCUUAAUCUGGACUGAACUAAACACAACAGCCUGAUUGAGAGAGUUUGGGCUUUAAAGGAGGGACAAAAGUCAACAAACAGCAUCUGCAUCUAUAACAAGCCAAACCUGUGAAACAAAGUGCAUUACUGUCACGAUAAUCAUUGAGUCUGUAUGAUGUUAUUUUUCAAUUGCUGCUGGAAGUCAGAAUUUUUUUUUAAACAAAAUUUUAGUACAUUUUUCAGUCCCAAUCCUGCUCUUUUGAAAUAGUGCAAAAUUAAACAUUUUGCAUCAUAUCUUCACAAAUGCGUGUUGUUAAGGAAACACAACCGUAUGCAGAUCCAGAAGGAUUUCUGGAUUCAGUGACUGACACUAUGCAUGAUGAGGAGGGCGUUUUCAGCCUUGGCAGAGGGAUGGAGUCUUAAGUGGCCUCAGAAUAUUGUGUCAAAUGUUGCUGUAUUUUAAAUAGUGUUUAAGUGAGCUGCACACUAACACACACACAGUACAAGUUCACUUUUUAAACAACAUUUUACUUCUUGAGGCACACUGUCACAAUGCCCUUAUUUCAGUUGUCACAAACUUCUACUCGUCCUUUACAAAUUAUUCCUGCAAUAAAAAAGUUUUUCCAUUUGCACGACA